AUGAAGUUCUCCAUUGCCCUCGCUCUUACCGCCCUCCAGGCCACGACGGUCCUGUCCUCCCACGUCUUGACCCGCAAGGGCAAGGGCUUUGAGGGUUGCGCCACCAAGCCCUUCGGCUGCGGCGAAAACGGCUGGUGCUGGAACCAGUGCGCUGAUGCCGGUGAGUGGUGCUGGACUGCCUACGACCACGGUAAGGGCGACUGGAAGACCUGCAAGGAAGACGCCGACUGCGACCCCAGCCGUGACUCGUCUGUCGGCUGUGCCAUGGGCGACUGUGACACGUGUGGCUGCAGCUGCACUUAG